AUGCAUCACCUCCAGGACAAACUUCAGCGCGUCAAUGUUCUCCACAUCCCGAUUGAGGUCUUUGUUGAGUUUGACGAGGUGAUUGUACUGCCGCAUCAUCCGCGCGCGCACGGUAUCGUUGAGCUGCGCCCCUUCCAUCGAAAUCCACUGGUAGAUGUGGUCGACCAACUCCGAGAAAAACGGCGUUUCAUCGCAGCGCAUGAACCCGAAAUCGUGGAUGUGGUUCUCACUAUCAAAGUCGUUGAUCAUGUUAAAGUACAGCUGAAAUUUGGCGUCGUAGUCGAUCCAAUGAUACUGACUCUUGGCUUGUUGCUCGACGGAGAUCUUUUUAUCGGCGAGGUAGACGAAUCGAUAGCGCUGAAGCAUCUUAAUAUUCGUGGCGAGCGCGGCCAGAUGGGUUUGAAUGGUUCGGUUGAUCAGCGCCUGGAGUUUGUACACCAACGGCAGAUUAUAGGUAUCCUGAUGAAAGGUAAAAAGAGUCGAGUAAUCCUCAUCCACCGGACGGGGAACGAUCUCCCCUUGCGUGAACUCCAAACACGUCCCGCGCAUCCAGCGCUGGAAGAGUUUGGUGGAGUCGACAAUCCCGGACUGAAUCUUGUGAAAGGCAGAGGUGAUCUCCUGAUGCGGCGGCGAGUAGUUCGGCUCCGUGGUGAGAAAGAUCGUCACCUUAAAGAGCGGCGGCCGCUUAGAAUGGCGCGAGGAGGUAUACCCCACCAGCUUCGCGAAGGCUUCCAGCGAUUUGCAAACCAUCGUCCGCAGGGCCCGCCAAAUCCGAUGCUCCCAAUGGCUGUAGUAGCUCUCCAGGGUUGGGCAUUUCCCGGUGUGGGUGCCGACGAGCUGACUUUCCACCUUCGUCAGGAGCGGCUUCGCGAUGCGGUAAGCGCGAACGCAGCGCUCCAACUGCCCGACGCGGCGUUGCUCGACCAAAUCCAGCAAGGCCUGCAGCUCCGGGAGCUCCCCGCCGUCCUGGAGGAUCUCCUCGUACUCCGGCAUGAGCUUCGUCGAGGCGAUUUUGUUCACCACCUGGAUUUGAAUGCUCUGCGCGCUCUUCCGGACCUCACGGCUAAGAUUUCGGAAUUUGGUGAUCGCCCGGCUGCAGCUGGCGACAAAGUCUGGAAUGCUCAGGCUCGUCCAGUUGAUAUCAUGAAAGCCAGGCUCCAGCUCGGCCUUGAGUUCGGCGAUGUUUUUCGCCAAAAUUGCGCAUUCCGGCCCCUCAAUAAUCCCUAA